AUGAAGCCAGUCCAGUUUUGCUUCCUUUUCUGUUGCUGGAAAGCCAUCUGCUGCAACAGCUGUGCGCUGACCAACAUCACCAUCGCCGUGGAGACAGAGGAAUGCGGCUUCUGCAUGAGCAUCAACACCACUUGGUGUGCGGGCUACUGCUACACCCGGGACCUCGUGUACAAGGACCCAGCCAGACCCAACAUCCAGAAAACAUGUACCUUCAAGGAGCUGGUGUACGAGACGGUGAAAGUGCCCGGCUGUGCUCACCACGCAGAGUCCCUGUACACGUACCCAGUAGCCACCAAAUGUCACUGUGGCAGGUGUGACAGCGACAGCACUGACUGCACCGUGCGGGGUCUGGGGCCCAGCUACUGCUCCUUCAGUGACAUGAAGGAGUAG